UUCUGUGGCCCAAAUUGAACACGCAAUAGAGACUUGUUUUGAUACGUAAUUACUUCAUUAGACUGCUGCAUUUCUAUACCUAUAAGCAAAAAUCCCUACAUAUUUAUAUUUACUGUUACUUUGUUUUUAUACAGCAAAACCGAACUAACAGCAAAAGUAGAAUUUGCGCAAAGUUGAAGUCCCUGCGUUGUGUGGAGCUGGUCACGUGGAGCAAUGAAAAUCAUGAAGAGACCGAACAUACUUCUGACAGGCACCCCAGGAGUGGGAAAGACCACAUUGGGAAAGGAGCUGGCCCAGCGCACGGGGCUCAGCUACGUAAAUGUGGGAGAUCUCGCGCAGGAAGGGCAGCUGUAUGAUGGCUUUGAUGAAGAAUACCAGUGUCCUAUCUUGGAUGAGGACAGAGUGGUGGACGAGCUGGAGGACAGGAUGGGAGAUGGAGGGAUGAUCGUGGAUUACCACGGAUGUGACUUCUUUCCCGAGCGCUGGUUCAACAUUGUGUUUGUGCUGAGAACCGACAACACUGUCCUCUAUAACCGCCUGGAAAGCAGAGGAUACGCUGGAAAAAAGCUACAGGAUAAUAUCCAGUGUGAGAUCUUCCAGACCAUCUUCGAAGAGGCCAUGGAAGCUUACAGGGAUGAGAUUGUCCACCAGCUGCCUAGCAACGACCCUGAAGACCUGGAGCGCAACCUGGAGCAGAUAGUGCAGUGGACAGAGCAGUGGAUGAAGGACAAUAACUGACCACCCAUUUACACACACAUACAUGCACACACACACACACACACACACACACACGGAACAUACGCGAAUGCACACACAGCCACACAGUACCGCCAUAUACGGGCAUUCAGCUGCUCAGACCGAGGUAGGGACAUGUCAGUGGCUGUUGGGGAGACUCCGGCUGCCACAUUGAUGAUGUCACCCCACACUGAGAGACAAGCUGUCGCAUGCUAUAGCCUCAGAGAUACAAGAGAAUCCUAUAGAAAGUGGUAGGAUAAAUGUGAAGAGGUCAACAAGUACUAGCACUAUGACAUAUUUCAUGUAGACUAAUUCCAAUGCAGUCUUUUUUGAUGGAGAUGCUUUAUUCUUGUAUUAAUUCAGCAGACUUGCACUUCAAGAAUAUACUGCAUGUUUUGAUGGAUGCCUCAGUUUUGACCUUUGAUAUAGGUUUAAGAUUGGCCUUGUGUAUUUGACUACCCAACUGGAUUUGAGUGCAGUUAGCCAAUAUUAAAAUUGUCCACUUUUCCCAAUGAUAUAAACAUAAUGGUACAUUCAGUUUGAAGUGAUUUGAUAUUUGUAUAUGCAGCAUUCCAGAGUUUGUCUGUUACUUCGAAAGAGAUUUUAAAAAAACUUUGAGUUUAACAGAAAAAUGAGAAUGUUAACCAGAUAUGGAUGACACAAUGGCUGUAGGAAAAGACAGUAAUAACUUGUAAUGGGGCCCUUUAUUUUGUGCCUUGUCCUUGUGGAACAUUGUGUACUUGUUUUCCCCUUUAUUAACCUGGAAAUAAAGGGACACACUCUUUUACAAAGGGCAGGUGGGGCUUUUGCAACCAGAAUGUUCCUGUGUUAUCCUACAAUGGAAUGAGAGCAUUUUGUGCAUUUACAGGUAGCUGAAUCCCCCCCUCCUCCUCCUUGCUGUUUUGUGAACAGGUUACUAGUGGGAGAUGUGCCUGCCCUCAUUCUGGUAGACAGUUAUAUGCUACUCUGGCUCAUAGUGUGGGACAAAGUGGGAGGACCACAGUACUACUCUGUGUGCUACUGUGAGUCACACUGUGAUGCCAUAAUGGAUAGUUUAAUGGUAGAUUCCAAAUGGGGGGGUGUGUAAGAAGAAGGAAAAGUAAAAACCUAUUAACAUCAUGACAUCACAGUGUGGCUCACGCUAGUGAGUGCAUUUGGCUACUUUAUAUGUCUUUAAAAAUGGAACAAAGUUAUAAAGAAAACCCCCACAAUUAUAUCUCACAAAGUCAUGAUGCAAAUGAGCAAAAUGAAAAAGGUUUGGCCACAUAAUGUCUUGAGUUAUACACAAUUUUUGUUUACUUUAAUCAUGUAAUGUUCAAGUCACUUCAUUAGACUGAUGUUCAUGUUGUAUGUGUCGACUGCUAUUGUAGUAUUUCCAUGAAAUACUCCAGGUUUAAAGAGGGACAGUAUCAUUUUCGUAUUGAUAAGCUUUGUAUAAUUAUUUGUACUUCACAUGACAAUAAAUAAUACAUUUGAAUUCAA